UACAUAGUUACGUACACUUAUAGAGAGAGACAAGAGAGAGUAAGAGGUCCCAUAUUUCAUAAUUUCUCGUCUCUCGUCCUUUGGAACUUUUCUCUAGGGAAAAUGGAAGUUCAAGAUGCAGGCAAGGUUGGUGGCCACGGAGGGAAGGAAGUGAUGGUGGCGAAUAGAAGAAGAAUGAGGGGUUGGGAUUUUCUUUUGAGGUUUUUGGCUUUGGGUCUGACACUUGUGGCGGCUGUACUCGUCGGAGUUGAUAAGCAGACAAAGAUUGUUCCGUUCACGUUGGUACCGACACUGCCGCCGGUGAAUAUUCCGGUCACCGCCAAAUGGCAUCACAUGUCUGCCUUCGUGUACUUUGUGGUGGCAAAUGCAAUAGCGUGUUCCUAUGCAGCUAUAUCAUUGGUCUUAACAUUGGCCGGAAAGGAAGGUUUAUCAGUGGCGAUAAUCAUAUUCGACCUAGUUAUGGUAGCGCUGCUCUACUCAAGUGGUGGCGCCGCCUUGGCCGUGGGUCUGCUCGGCUACGAAGGCAAUUCACACGUCCAGUGGAAGAAGGUGUGUGGUGUGUUCGGAAAAUUCUGCAACCAAGCGGCCAUUGGCAUUAGCCUGUCUAUUCUUGGUGCUGUGUUGUUCUUCCUGCUCGUUGCACUUGCCGCUCUGCAUCGCCGCAAGAAAAAUUAGUGUAGUACACGAUCGUCUUCGACAUAACGAAUUUUAUGUUACUACGUUGUAUGUUAAUGUGUUGAUUUAGCAUUUACGAAUUUAUGACGCGAGGUUGUUAAUUUGUUACUUCAUAAAAUUAUUUAUGUGCGAAUAAUCUUGUGAAUCAUUUGUCGACCAUAAAAGGUGUCAUUUGGUGAAAACAAGUCACCCCUUGCUAGUUGCGAAUAGUUACAGGUUCCAUGAA